CCUCCUGCAACGCCCCCCUCGGGAUGCAAUCCGGCAAGAUCAAGGACAGCCAGAUCUCCGCGUCCUCCUCCUACGACGUCUCCGUCACGGGGCCCUCCUCGGCCAGGUUGAAUGUGGAGAGGGCCGGGGGAGCGUGGUGCCCUCGGGAGAUGGUGGGCCAAGAGGACCUGAAAGAGUACCUGGAGAUCGACCUGGAGUCGCCCCACGUCAUCUCGUUCACAGAGAGCCAAGGGCGCUUCGGCAACGGCCAGGGCGUCGAGUUCGUGGAGCAGUACAUGCUGGAGUACUGGCGCCCGGGCCACAACACCUGGUACACCUACAAGAAGUGGAACGGCGACAAGAUCCUGCAGGGCAACAAGAACCAGUACAUGCCGGUGCGGAAUGAGCUCAUGCCGCCCAUCAUCGCCUCCAAGAUCCGCUUCGUGCCCUUCUCGCCCCACCCGCGGACCGUCUGCAUGCGCGUCGAGCUCCACGGCUGUCCUUACGAGGACGGGCUGGUGUCGUACUCCAUGGCGCAGGGACAGGACCGCGGCAUGGAGGUCGACCUGCUGGACCUGAGCUACGACGGCACGACCACCGAGGGCCUCCUGUACGGCGGCCUCGGCCAGCUCCACGACGGCAUCACUGGCGACCACAACUUCCGCACCGACAUCGGACACGGGAAAGGCUACGAGUGGGUUGGGUGGAAGAACGACACGCAGAACCCCCUGGAGAUCACGUGUGAGUUCGACGUCGUCCGCAACUUCUCGGCGAUGUACAUCUACGCCAACAACAUGUACACCAAGGAUGUGCAGGUGUUUUCGCGGGCGCGGGUGCUGUUCAGCGUGGGCGGGCGGUACUUCGGGUCCCGCCCCAUCGAGUACAACUACAUGACGGACGAGGUCUCCGAGUACGGCCGCAACGUCAGCAUCAAGCUCCACCACCGCAUCGGCAAGUACGUCAAGAUCCAGCUGUUCUUCAAGGCGCGGUGGAUCAUGAUCUCCGAGAUAUUCUUCGUCUCGCGCCCAGCCCGAGGGAACUUCAGCGAGCUGACGGAGACGGAGGAGCUCCCCCCCGAGGCCGGCGGCGCCCCCCACCACGACUCGUCCUCGGGCUACAUGCACGACGGCGCUGCCCUCGGCGACAAGAAUCAUCGCAAUCUUGUGGUGACGGACGUGUCGGAGGAGCCGCGCGGGCAGGAGUACGUGGCGCUGGUGAUCGGCGUCCUGAUCGCGGUGAUCAUCCUGCUGGUGUCUGCCAUCCUGCUGAUCGUGUGGCGGGCGCGGAGGCAGAAGGCGGGCACCAUCACCCACGACAUCUUCACGGGGCCCUACGGAGAGAAGAGGGACAUCGUCAACCUUAAGGAGGUGCAAAAGUUCCUGACGGCGCCAGCUGUUCUCCGGCCGUCGUCACUGUGCUCCUCGCCUCGCCUCGCGACCCACAGGAGCAACGGCUACAGGCUCAACACUACUCUGCCCAUACACCCGUCACAGCCUGAGUGUGCCGUCCCCGGGCUAGUUACUUUAGGAUUUUAUGACUCCUCAGACAGUAGCGCCGCCAUGGGCGUGGAGGGCGGCGACAUCGACAAGGCCGGCCUGUACUCGGAGCCUUACCAUAUGACCUACAACUCCAUAGGCGGCUACUCGUCCAUGGCGCACAAGAUGAGCCACCCGAACCCUCUCUCCAGUCCCGACUAUACAGCUUCCGAUGUGUCUGCAGAGUGCCCUUCGACGGAGUACGCCAUCCCGCACAUGAGCGGCGAGGCGGGGGCCACAGGGGGGUACCCGCCCCCUCUCCCGCACUCCAAGCCGCCCCUCCACACCCUCAACACCUUCCUCGGCAAGCCCCCGCCCACGCCCCUGCCGCCCAACGCCGCCCAGCCUCAGGAGAGCUUCUACGCCGCCACCGAGAUCGUUGCCGGCAGCAAUGGCACAGCAGGGGGCCGGCAGGGGCAGCAGGGCCAGCAGGGGGCAGCAGGAGCGGCGGCCAGCCUGGAGAACGUGACGGCCAGGGAGAUCCCGAGGAGCGCCAUCACCCUCCUGCAGCAGAUCGGGGAAGGCCAGUUCGGGGAGGUUCACUUGGGCGAAGUCGAGGACGAGGAGGGACAGAAGCAGAUGGUUGCCGUCAAGACAUUGCGCCUGGAGGCCUCGCACUCCGUCAGGUGUGACUUCGAGCGCGAGGUGGAGAUCCUGGCGCGCCUUCGAGACCCCAACAUCGUGCAGGUAGUGGGCGUGUGCUCGAGGGAGGAGCCCCUGUGCAUGCUGGUCGAGUACAUGGAGCACGGGGACCUCAACCAGUACCUGCAGGCCCACAUCGCCGAGACCGCCUCCCCCAGGAACACGCACGCCAAAACGCUCAGUUACGGAUGCCUUAUAUACAUGGCCACUCAAAUAGCCUCAGGCAUGAAGUACUUGGAGUCCCUCAACUUCGUGCAUCGAGACCUCGCCACACGGAACUGCCUCGUGGGGGCGGGCCACGUGAUCAAGAUCUCAGACUUCGGUAUGAGUCGGAACCUCUACAGCGCUGACUACUACAGGAUCGAGGGCAAGGCUCUGCUGCCCAUACGCUGGAUGGCCUGGGAGUCCGUCCUCUUGGGCAAGUUCACGACCAAGAGCGACGUGUGGUCGUUCGCCGUCACGCUGUGGGAGAUCCUGACGAUGGCGAGGGAGCAGCCCUACGAGGACCUCACCGACGAGCAGGUCAUCGAGAACGUCUCAUACAUCUACCACAACGAGGCCAGGAAGAGUGACCUGUUGCAUCUUCCUCCCGGCCAGGCCCUGCUGCCGCAGCCUGCCAACUGCCCCAAGGAGAUCUACGACCUGAUGCGCGAGUGCUGGAAGCGCUCCGACGCCGACCGCCCGACCUUCAGGGAAAUCCAUAUGUUCCUUCAGCGCAAGAACCUGGGCUACUCUCCUGUUACCUGAGACCUGCUGGAGGACCUUCGCGGCGUGGGCGUGCUGCCCUUCGCCCGAGGGUCUUUCGCCACCUUCGGGCGGGACGUAUACACGGAGCGUAGGGGGGGAGGGCCCCUGAGGCGCGCCAUGGCUCAGUCCGAGGGUGACGUGCAGCAGCUGGGGGCCGGGGCCACUCUGCCCGUCAGAGGAACCUGCGCCAGCCUGGAGGGGGACGUGUGCUACUACAGUAAGAACCUCCUGUCGAGUUCUUACGAAGGGCGGCACCUGCGUCUCUAGGAUAGCUACUGUGGUAAAGAGAAAUCCUGAGAUGACACGAGAGGAAAAACGGAAAAAUAUAACUGAAACAUAACACUGAAGUCCUCCAUUUCUUGUACUCUUUCGUCAUGGAGAGCGUGUUGCGCGAGACUGCUAUCAAUCACAAGCUUCAAGAGCCCGUUCAUGUUUACGAGAUGUUGUGUCCCUGGAAUAUUAUAUGUAUUAUUCACUAUUCAAUUUUGCCUGUUCAAGUACUUACACUGAAAUUGUAUAUGUAAAUGAUGUGAUCCAGUUUUAUGGAAGAAUACCAGCUAAAUGUCAGAGUGACUGGCAGAUGAACCUUUCUAGUCGUGAUGGAAGUUGGUAACGAAGAUACCAACGACGAUAAGUGUGAAGAGAAGCAUUUCUGGAAGUGCUUCUGUCUCUAGGUGUUUAUACUCUUGGUAGAAUCGAGUGCUAUAAAAAUAACAAACAAACGUUAAGAUCCCCUAGCAAAUAGAGUUGCCGUGUAUAUAUACGCUGGUUAUGAUUUGUCAUUGGCCAUGAGAUUGUGAUUUAGUGCUUUGGUUAACCAUUAUGCUUCAGAUUUUAAAUUUUAUUACUGUACAUAUCAGACAGUUUUACAGUUGUAUUUUCAGUCUAUCUGCGCUAGUCAAAAGACACAUCUGCUGGCUCUUACGUCUGUGUUGAUCGGCAUCCUUAGAUUAAACAUCAACGGAAAAUACACGUCUAAAUUUACGAUUAAUUGCAGAUUAUGUGUAUCAUGAUGUGCUAGAAUAAGGGCCAUAGUUGCAUAAUAGUGUAUCGUAAGACCUUUUUUCAUGAUUUUUAAAUAGAUUUUAUUGGAAGCGAAUUAGUGCUUUGUUUCAUGCAGACGGUAUGGUUUUCACAGUUGAAAUGUUUUUUAUAUAGAGACUUUACCAAACUACUCUAAUACGAAACGGAGUUAAAUCUAGUGACCCACAUUACAGCAUCAACAUUAUCCCGGGCUGGGUACACCACCACUAUCCUACUUUAGAUUCGCCAUCACUUCCCAAUAGAGGAUCCACGAGCACUAUCCAACGUUGGAUAUUGGCAUCGGAAGAUGGACCUGCCGACAAAAAUAACCUACACACGAACCAUGAUCAGAAACGAAAUAUUUUCUCCAUCAUUUAUUACUUGUCAUUUCUCUUCACACUGUGCAUCUUGCUCCCCUCAAUAGCAAACCAUUUCGCCACCAAAAGCAAUACUACUUUGGUUCGCUUGUAGCCGUUACUAUACUUCCACUUUGAACAAGAUUCUAGGUCACCACAUACCUACAGCUUAUACCGUUUGGAUGUAGCGUCAAACGCCAUGGAUAAUAAUAAUUCAAUAUAUUCCUCUAACACUGAUAUAAACCUCACCAACAGUGUUUUCCUAGACCUUCUCCGCAUAAGUUUAACCACCGCUCCACAAAGUACACUCUUCUUCUGAGGAUACAAAACAGACACACUGAAAUAAACAAAGGAGGAUCCGACACUAAACCCGUGGAUCCAGCACUUCCCCUGAACGGUUAAACUCAAUAAGUGAAUUUCGUUUUUUCGUUGAACAGAGGUAAACGUCACCUCUUUUAGUUCUUACUGUUUGCUUUGACCGUCACCUGGCCGUCGAGGCACUCCUGGCUCCCGCAAGAGAGGGAUUGCCGAAGGGAAGCAUCACGCUGUCC